CGAUUGUCUGGUUUCUGUUUACAUUGGAGCACAGCGUCGAGGUUUUUGUUAGGGUUUAAGCUUGGUUUUCUCCGAGCCCUAACAGAGCCCGGUUGUCUGUUUUUCUCCACCUUGUUGUUGCCCCAUCCCCCCCUUGAGAGCUUGAUUUGUUACCUCGCGAUCGUAGGAAAGUGUCGGUUGUCGUGAGAAGGUUGUGACGCUAGGGGUAGAACUGAUUGGCAGCCAUGAAUCUCAACAACAUGCGUAACGUGAAAAUGCCGAACGCGGGGCCUGCUGGCGCUUUGGCCAAGCUCGUGGUGAUCGGCGGCCUCGGCUUGUAUGGUGCCGUGAACUCCUUGUACAACGUGGAAGGUGGCCACCGAGCAAUUGUGUUCAAUCGUAUUGUUGGUGUUAAGGACAAGGUGUAUCCUGAGGGAACGCAUUUUAUGAUUCCCUGGUUUGACAGACCUGUGAUAUACGAUGUCCGUGCACGACCCAACAUUGUCGAAAGCACAUCAGGAAGUAGGGAUCUUCAAAUGGUCAGGAUCACGUUGCGAGUGCUGACGCGUCCUAUGGCGGACCGAUUGCCAACGAUCUAUCGCACACUAGGCCAAGACUAUGCAGAACGUGUUUUGCCUUCUAUUGUCCAGGAAACCUUGAAGGCGGUUGUCGCUCAAUACAACGCCAGCCAGCUCAUUACGCAGCGUGAGGUCGUCAGUAGAGAGAUCCGGAGAAUCUUGCAGGAGCGUGCUACGAGCUUUAACAUUGCUUUGGAUGACGUGUCAAUCACCAACCUUACUUUCGGGAGGGAGUUCACAGCUGCAAUUGAAGCUAAGCAAGUUGCUGCCCAGGACGCUGAGAGGGCUAAAUUUGUGGUGGAGAAGGCAGAGCAGGACAAAAGGAGUGCAAUUAUUCGUGCUCAGGGAGAGGCCAAGAGUGCUCAACUCAUCGGUGAAGCCAUUUCAAACAAUCCAGCUUUCAUUACCUUGAGAAAGAUAGAAGCUAGCAGAGAAAUUGCGAAUACAAUUUCUACCUCCCAGAAUCGCGUGUUUUUGAGUGCCGAUUCGUUGCUUCUGAACUUGCAAGACAUGGGUGUCGAAGAAAUCAGUCUCAAGCAGCCGCAAGCCAAGAAGUAGUUAAAGAAAAAACUAGUUACUUGAGGUCUCCAAGCGUAUUGUUUCAUUUGUCAGUCAAAAUUGCUGGAGGUUACGAUUUUCCCAGGAGUUGUCUGAAACGUUGAUACGUUAUGAUUGAAUUCAGUUCUGACAAAUUGUUUCUUUGGAUGGCCUACUCUUAUCGACGAAGCCAUAGAAAUGGGGGCUCAAUACAGAAAUAAAGACUGCAUUGUACAGGCGAUGAGAUCUUAAGCACUUUCAAAAUA